UACACGCAGAGAGCAAACAGGGAGUGAAGGAGGUGGUUCUGAAGCCCGGGAGACCUACUAGUGAUGUGCCAGUUGGGAAAAGAUUGUGACUGGGGUAUUUCCAUGGUCCAGAGGUGUGGCUGUGCUUUGCCGGAAGACGUGAAGAUGUUCUACCUAACCCACAACGGACCCAAACUAGAAUGGACUUGCCAACGACAUCAAGCAGAUACUGUAGUGCCAGUAGGGAGAAUCCACAUACCAUCACUCAAUGAUCUUCGACCCCUGGUCCCUGAUCAGUCUCAGCCUGAUGAGUCCAGGAGAUCGUCUCCUUCUCUGGCAGACCUGGAACCACUAGACUCCAAGAACGGCUGUGUGCCCUCCCUGCUGGGUGAGUGUUCAGUGAUGGUGCUGGACUACUGCCCCACAUGUGGUCACACAUGUCUCGUCUUUCGACAACACUCACCACUACCAUCUACUCCUACUACUACUACUGAUAAAAGUGAGUAG